AUGCUCUCACUUCGUUCCGUGGCAGGUAGAGCCUCACUGUGGAAAGCCAGUAUGAUGAUCGGAUCCGGUAUCAGAGGCACUAUGAUCAAUACAGAUCCAUUGAUUAAUCAUCGUCAUCACCAAGAUAAUGUUUACUCUUCUGUAACGAAAACUAAAUUCUUUCCAAUCAUGACAUACACGAACCGAAGCUUUUGCCAAAAUUCCUCGCUUCUCAAUACUGCUGGAGAUUCACAAACUUAUAAAAGUGGUGAAGAGGUGAAAACAGACACGGAAUAUUUUGCUUGCUUGGCAUCCGUAGUGGAUUCCUGUGAAAAAUCUGCAAACAAGGAUGCUUUGAUUUACUAUUUAAAGGAGCUUCUCGACAAAAAGGAUGCGGAAACCUUGAAAAUGGUGUAUGUCAUGCUUACAAAAGAUGAGGCUUUGGAUAAACGACAAGUGACAUUUACACUUCGCUCUGAAACAUUGUUUGGCCUAAUUUACCAGAGUAGAUCAAAUAUUAGCUUACAAGAAAUUAGAGAAUAUUACAUUAAUUCUGGAAGUAAUAUUUUUGAGACUUGUUUUCACUUCUUGCAGCCUUGUAUCGUAAAAUAUACUCAGCAAAUUAACUUAAACAAUAUGGAAAAGCGAUACAUCAAAACGUGUGAAGUGUAUGAUUAUCUAAAAAAGAUCUCAAAUGCCAAUAGCAAGGUGAAGAAACCAGUGACGAAACAAAAGAUUGACAUUGCAUUAGAGCUGUUAAAACAAAUUAGGAAGACAAAGGAGCUAAAGUUGGUUAUCAAUUUAUUAUCUAAAGAAUUAGGAAUGUCGAAAAAUGAAUUCUUUACAGUUUUAGCAGCAGCUAUCGAGAAGUCAAAAAUUAAUACCAGUGCAAAAUUGUCCCACCCUCAAAUUAUUGCAUUGAUUGAUACCUAUGUCAAAACCAGAGAUCCAAGCACGAUUUUUGAUUUUCUGAUCACCCGAGGAUCCCUUUCUUCCUUGUCCAAUUCAACCACUCCUCUAUUAGGGAUUGGUUCUGUUAUAUCACCUAUGCUGGCCAAACCUAUCAAGCAGGUAGACAAAAUUUUUUUACAAAAACUAAGAAAUGAGGGAGAGACUAAAAUAUUAUGCGAACGCAAAUAUGACGGAGAGAGAUUGUUGAUACAUUUUAAUGCAUCAACAAAUCAAGUUCUUUGUUUUUCAAGAAAUAGAAAAGCAACAGAUUUACUAACACAUUAUCCUGCUGAAAGAGAGUCGCUAUUACGCUCCAUACUAUCACAGAAAAAGAGUUUUAUUUUGGACUGUGAAUAUGUCAUCUGUGACAAAGAGACUGAUAUUGUGGCGAGUUUCCAACAAUUUCAAAAUCGAGCAACAUUAGCGCCAUCCAUGAAACCCAUUAUUCGAGCAUUUGAUAUCCUUUAUCUCGAUAACCAACCUCUCACAGACUCUCCAUUAGAGUUCAGAAGAAUGGCAUUGGAAGGCAUUGUGUCCAAUAUUGAUAAUCCAGUUCUUAAAUUGUCAGAGGCAAAAGAUAUUUUCAUUCAUUCUACAGAUUCGAAAAAGAUUGUACACGAUAUUUAUGACAUUAUGAAUGAUUCUGUAGCCGCUAACUGUGAAGGACUCAUCAUCAAAUGCUUCUCUUCAAAAUAUGAAUUUGGCAAGAGAGGAUGGUACAAGCUGAAAAAGGAGUAUCUCAAGGGAGGGCUUUAUGACUCAAUAGAUCUAAUUGUUCUAGGUGCGAAGAAAGGUAAAGGUAAGAGAGCAGGAAUGUUUGGAUCUUUCUUGUUGGGCGCAAUCGACAACACCACCGGCAAAAUUCAAACUGUGUGCUUUGUUGGAUCAGGAUUGUCGACCGACACGCUUGAUACAUUAACUCAAGAGAGCCUUAAAAACUACAUUCCAAGCCCAUUAAUCACCAAUGAACAAGAUCUAGAAAGCAAGUAUGGUGUAGUGAUUUCCAAGUCCAUGUUCAAAUCCAUUGACUGCUGGUUUGUACCAAAGCUAGUGUGUGAAAUUUCUGGAGCAGACAUUACACAGUCCAAUUCCUCCAGCUCUGGUUUUGGUGUUCGUUUUCCCGUUUUCAUUAAAAUACGAGAGGAUAAGACACCCGAGAUGGCCACCACUGUGACCGACCUUUUGGAGAUGAGAAAGGCCCAACAAACAAAAAAACUUAGUAUCGAGGAACCAUAA